GCAGCGCGGCCGGGUGGAUGGAUUUUGUCGCCCCGCGGCCGCCCUGGAGAUGCCGCGCCGCUCGCCCGUGGUCGCCUGGCUGCCGUGGCUCGCGCUGCUGGGCCCCGCGGCGGCCGCCGCUUGGGAGGUGCACGUCGACGAAGCCGCCGCCGCCGCCGCCGGGGCCCCGCUGCUGGACGUGUCCGUGGGGCCCGGGUGGCUGUACGCGCUGGACGAGGCUCUCACGCCUCGCGCGCUGAGGGAAGCCGUGGAGGUGACGCCCGGCGGGCUGCUGAGGAGGACCGCGGUGCCCGCGCAGUGCGGCGGCGGCGGCGGGGCGCCCAACCCGCUGCCUCUGAGCCUGCGCUUGGUUUCCCGCGCAGGCGGCGGCGUUUCCCUCACGCUGCGACUGGCGGCCUACCUGCACGGGCCCGGCUGCCUCAGUCGCCGACGGGCGGGAGCCCCGGCGCACUUGUCCCUCCCCGACGCGGACCCCGCGCUGAGGCGGAGGCUGCGCGGCCUGCCUCGCUGCCCCGCCGCCCCGGAGCCUCAGGAGGGGAUGGAGGAGGAAGAAGAGACUCCGCUCCUUGAGGCGCUGCGGGCCUUGACGAGUUUCCCGCGCUGCCGGUGCCUCCACGGGCCUCCCCUCAGGAGCCCUGAGGGAAAAGGCGGGAAAAGCCUAAGGCUUAUUUGUCAUUUGACCAGGGGCCCUGGGGAGGUACUGGUGGAGUUUGGUGGGCGCCAUUUUGAGGGAAGGGAGUGGAUGGCAAGUGGGUCGGAAGGGCAGCGCAGGUUGGGUAGAAAGAGGAGGGCGGCCUCUCAGGAAUGGCGGGUGGGGAGGGAGGGCAGCCGGGGUUCAUGGCCCUGGGGGCUGCCAUCGCUACCACAACGGACGCUGAGGAGCGCCAACUACCCUCCGCAGUUCAAGCUGCCCAACUACCAAGUGUCGAUUGCGGAGAACCAGCCGGCGGGCACGGCGGUCAUCACCUUGGAAGCCCACGACCCGGACGAGGGCGAGGCGGGCCGCCUGACGUACUCCAUGGAGGCGUUCUUCGACAAGCGCUCCGACGACUACUUUGCUAUCGACGCCGACACAGGCGUGGUGGUCACCACCCGCAGCCUGGACCGCGAGACGAAGGACACCCAUGUGCUUCAAGUGAUCGCGGCGGACCAUGGUGUGCCGCGGCACCGCUCGGCCGUCACCUUCCUGACAGUGACGGUGAGCGACACCAACGACCACGGCCCAGUGUUCGAGCAGCCAGAGUACCGGGAGAACAUUCGGGAGAACCUGGAGGUGGGUUACGAGGUGCUGACAAUCCGCGCGACGGACGAGGAUGCCCCGGACAACGCUAAUCUGCUCUAUCGUAUCCUGGAACCGGGUGCUGGAGAGGGAGUCUUUGAGAUUGACCCUCACUCAGGUGUCGUGAGGACCUGUGCCCCUGUGGACCGAGAGGAGGUCUCUGAAUAUCAUCUUGUGGUCGAAGCCAACGACCAAGGUAAAGAGCCCGGUCCUCGAAGCGCCACAGUCACGGUGCAUAUCACAGUCGAGGAUGAGAAUGACAACUCGCCGCAGUUUAGUGAGAAACGCUACUUGGUGCAAAUCCCAGAGGACGCCCCAGUAAAUAGCCAAGUGCUGCAGGUGCAAGCUACAGACCGAGACCGCGGCAACAACGCCCAGGUGCACUACAGCAUCGUGAGCGGCAACCUCAAGGGACAGUUUUACAUCCAUUCUUUUUCCGGUUCCAUUGACUUGAUCAACCCCCUGGACUAUGAGACGAUCCGAGAAUACACACUGAGGAUCAAGGCCCAGGAUGCGGGGCGGCCUCCACAGAUAAAUUCUAGUGGGAUGGUGUCCAUUCAAGUUUUGGACGUCAACGAUAAUGCCCCCAUUUUUGUAAGCACCCCUUUUCAAGCCACCGUGCUAGAGAACGUCCCUCUGGGUUACUCAGUGUUACACAUUCAGGCAGUAGAUGCUGACUCUGGGGAUAAUGCCCGCUUGGAAUACAAACUCAUUGAGCUGCCUCACCCUUCUGCACCGGUGUCUUCAGGUGGGGACAUGGGCUUCCCAUUCCAGAUCAACAACAGCACUGGGUGGAUUACAGUGUCAGCUGAGCUUGACCGGGAGACUGUUGAGAACUACCACUUUGGGGUGGAGGCCAGGGACAAUGGCGUCCCUGUCAUGACUUCCUCAGCCAGUGUGUCCAUCACUGUCCUCGAUGUCAACGAUAACAGCCCUACUUUCACUGAAAAGGUUUACCAGCUCAGGCUUAAUGAGGACGCAACAGUAGGCAGCAGUGUCCUGACGCUGACGGCAGUGGACAAGGAUGUCAACAGUGUGGUGACCUACCAGAUCACUAGUGGCAACACAAGGAACCGCUUUGCUAUCACUAGUCAGAGUGCAGGUGGGCUGAUCACUCUGGCCUUGCCACUGGAUUACAAGCAAGAGAGGCAGUAUGUGCUGACUGUCACUGCUUCCGAUGGAACUCUAUUUGACACUGUCCAAGUCUUCAUCAAUGUCACAGAUGCCAACACACACCGACCAGUUUUCCAGAGUUCCCACUACACUGUGAGUGUCAGUGAAGACAAGCCAAUUGGCACACCCAUUGUAACUAUCAGUGCCACUGAUGAGGAUACUGGGGAGAAUGCUAGGAUCACUUACAUCCUGGAGGAUAACAUCCCUCAAUUUCGCAUUGACCCUGACACGGGCACAAUCACAACUUUGAUGGAGCUUGACUAUGAGGACCAAGCCUCUUACACACUGGCCAUCACAGCCCAGGACAAUGGGAUCCCUCAGAAAUCUGACACCACCUAUGUGGAGAUCCUCAUUUUGGACUCCAAUGACAAUACGCCCCGUUUCCUUCGUGACCGCUACCAGGGUGCUGUCUUCGAAGAUGUGCCCCUCUCCACCAGUGUCCUGCAGGUGUCCGCCACUGACCGUGACUCUGGCCCUAAUGGCCGCAUCCUUUAUACCUUCCAGGGUGGUGAUGAUGGUGAUGGUGAUUUUUACAUUGAGGCCACAUCAGGGGUGAUACGGACGCUGCGCAAGCUGGACCGUGAAAACGUAGCUGUCUACAGCCUGAGGGCUUUUGCUGUGGAUAGGGGCAGCCCACCCCUAAAAGCAUCUGUGGAUAUUCAGGUUACUGUGCUGGAUAUCAACGAUAAUCCACCUGUAUUUCAGCAAGAUGAAUUUGACAUCUUUGUGGAGGAGAAUAGCCCCGUGGGUUCCAUUGUAGCCCGGAUCAGUGCUGUAGACCCCGAUGAGGGAACUAAUGCACAAAUCAUGUAUCAGAUCGUGGAAGGGAACAUCCCUGAGGUCUUCCAGCUAGACCUUCUUAAUGGUGAUCUCACAGCCCUGAUGGAUCUAGAUUAUGAGAGCCAGACAGAGUAUGUAAUUGUGGUGCAAGCUACCUCAGCCCCACUUGUGAGCCGAGCCACCGUACACAUACGCCUUCAAGAUCAGAAUGACAACCCUCCUGUGCUACAAGACUUCCAGAUCCUUUUCAACAAUUAUGUCACCAACAAGUCUAAUAGCUUCCCUUCUGGAGUGAUUGGCAAGAUCCCUGCUCAUGACCCUGAUAUAUCGGACCAACUUGAUUACACCUUUGUCCAGGGCAAUGAGUUAAAUCUGCUGCUUUUGGACUCUGCUACUGGAGAACUUAAGCUUAGCCGCGACUUGGACAACAACAGACCCUUGGAAGCCAUAAUGAAAGUGUCGGUUUCAGAUGGCAUUCACAGUGUUACAGCGCUUUGCACCUUACGGGUGACGAUCAUUACUGAUGACAUGCUGACCAACAGUAUCACAGUACGACUGGAAAACAUGUCCCAAGAGAAGUUUCUCUCACCACUGCUUGCUCUCUUUGUGGAAGGUGUGGCUACUGUGCUAUCGACAACCAAAGAGGGCAUUUUUGUUUUCAAUAUUCAAAACGACACAGAUGUCAGCUCCAAUAUUCUGAAUGUGACCUUUUCUGCUUUGCUUCCUGGUGGUAUUCGGAACAAGUUCUUCCCCUCGGAGGACCUUCAGGAGCAGAUAUACCUCAACAGGACACUCUUAACAUUGAUAUCUACCCAGCGAGUAUUGCCUUUUGAUGACAACAUUUGUCUGCGGGAGCCUUGUGAAAACUACAUGAAGUGUGUGUCCGUACUUAAAUUUGACAGCUCUGCUCCAUUUAUCAGCUCAAACACUGUCCUGUUCAGACCCAUACACCCCAUCAAUGGGCUGAGGUGUCGGUGUCCCCCUGGGUUUACAGGUGACUACUGUGAAACGGAGAUUGACCUGUGCUACUCUAACCCUUGUGGAAACAAUGGCCUUUGCCGAAGCCGAGAAGGAGGCUACACUUGUGAAUGUUAUGAAGACUAUACGGGAGAGUACUGCGAAGUGAACGCUCGCUCUGGGCGCUGUGCUCCGGGAGUGUGCAAGAAUGGUGGGAGGUGUGUCGAUCUGCUCAUAGGAGGCUUCAAAUGUGAAUGCCCUGCUGGCGAAUAUGAGAGACCUUACUGCGAGAUGACCACAAGGAGCUUUCCCCCGGAGUCAUUUGUCACUUUCAAAGGAUUAAGGCAACGUUUCCAUUUCACAGUUUCUCUAAUGUUUGCAACCAGGGAAAGGAAUGCUCUGCUUCUCUACAAUGGGCGUUUUAAUGAAAAACAUGAUUUUAUUGCACUUGAAAUAAUUGAAGAACAGAUCCAGCUGACGUUCUCUGCAGGGGAAACCACUACAACAGUUGCCCCCUUUGUUCCAGGAGGGGUUAGUGAUGGGCAGUGGCACUCUGUCCAGGUGCAGUACUAUAACAAGCCCAACAUAGGAAGAUUAGGUAUACCUCAUGGACCUUCAGGGGAGAAGGUGGCAGUCGUAACAGUUGAUGACUGCGAUACUACAGUCGCUGUUCGUUUCGGAAGUUUUAUUGGAAACUACUCAUGUGCAGCUCAGGGAACGCAGACAGGCUCCAAAAAGUCUUUGGAUCUAACUGGCCCAUUGCUCCUUGGAGGAGUUCCAAACUUGCCUGAAGAUUUUCCUGUGCACAACAGACAGUUUGUUGGAUGUAUGAGGAACCUCUCCAUUGACAGCAAGCCGAUUGACAUGGCCAGUUUUAUAGCCAACAAUGGCACUCUUGCAGGCUGUUUAGCUCAGAAGAAUUACUGCACCACCAACUGGUGUCAGAAUGGAGGCACCUGUGUGAACAAAUGGAAUACCUACACCUGCGAGUGUCCCCUGCAGUAUGGAGGAAAGAACUGUGAGCAAGCAAUGCCUUUCCCUCAACGUUUCACCGGAGAAAGCAUCAUCAUCUGGAGUGAUCUUGAUAUCACUAUUUCUGUGCCAUGGUACAUUGGUCUCAUGUUUAGAACGCGCAAGGUUAAUGGCAUGUUGAUGCAAGCAAAUGCAGGGGUAUCGUCCAAGAUCAACAUUCAGAUACUGAAGAAAUACGUGGUAUUUGAAGUCUACGAUGGACUGAACCAAGUGGCUAGUUUGCGGAUGACUCAGUCCCGAAUCAGUGAUGGCGAGUGGCAUCAUGUGCUAAUAGAACUGAAGAGUGCAAAAGAUGGCAAAGACAUCAAGUACCUGGCUGUUGUAUCCUUGGAUUAUGGGAUGUAUCAGAGCACUGUACAGAUUGGAAAUCAGCUGCCUGGACUGAAAAUGAAAAGCAUUAUUGUAGGAGGCGUCUCCGGAGAUCAAGUCUCUGUUCAGCAAGGCUUCUAUGGUUGUCUCCAGGGAGUGAGAAUGGGGGAAACAUCCACAAAUGUAGCUACUUUGAACAUGAAGCAGGCAAUCAAGAUUAAUGUCAAGGAAGGCUGUGAAGUGGACAAUCCCUGUGAUUCUAACCCUUGUCCCCAGCACAGCUAUUGUAGUGAUGACUGGGACAGCUAUUCAUGUGUCUGUGAUCCAGGGUACUUUGGGACAGAAUGUGUUGAUGUGUGCAGCCUGAACCCAUGUGAGCAUGUCUCUACCUGUGUCCAUAAGCCAAGCUCUUCUCAUGGAUACACCUGUGAAUGUGGGCAAAGCUAUUAUGGCCAAUAUUGUGAAAGCAAAAUUGAUUUGCCCUGUCCUAGAGGUUGGUGGGGAAAUCCCAUUUGCGGGCCAUGUAACUGUGAGAUCAGUAAGGGAUUUGAUCCUGACUGCAAUAAGACUAAUGGAAUAUGCCGGUGUAAGGCAAACCAUUACAGACCACAGAACAGUGACCACUGUUACCCAUGUGACUGUUUCCCUUCUGGUUCCCACACUCGCACCUGUGACCUAGAAACAGGGCAGUGUCCCUGUAAGCCAGGAGUAAUCGGGCGACAGUGCAAUCGCUGUGAUAAUCCCUUUGCUGAAGUUACUGUUCAUGGCUGUGAAGUGGUUUACAAUGGAUGCCCCAAAGCAUUUGAAGCUGGCAUAUGGUGGCCACAGACCAAAUUUGGGCUGCCUGCUGCAGUGCCCUGUCCCAAGGGAUCAACAGGAAAUGCUGUCCGUCACUGUAACAGCGAAAAAGGCUGGCUCCCUCCCGAACUUUUCAACUGUACUACCCUUGCCUUUGUGGAUCUGAAAAUCAUGAAUGAAAAGCUUAUCCGUAACGAGACCAACAUGGACGGCGAUAAGUCAGUUCACAUAGCCAAAGUGCUCCAGAAUGCCACCAACCACACAGGCUCCUUCUAUGGGAAUGACAUUCGGACCGCCUACCAGAUGAUGCUCAGGGUGCUGCAGUAUGAAAGCGAGCAGCAGGGGUUUGAUCUAGCUGCAACGAGGGAUGUGGAUUUCAAUGAGAACAUAAUAAAAGCAGGUAGUGCUCUACUGGACCCUCGUACCAAAGAGCACUGGGAACACAUCCAGAGGACAGAGGGGGGCGCAGCACACUUGCUGAGACACUAUGAGGAAUAUUUCAGUAACGUAGCCAAGAACAUGAAAAAAACCUACAUGAAACCUUUCAUAACUGUUACCACAAACAUGAUUAUUGCUGUUGACAUCUUUGAAAAGUCUAAUUUUACGGGCGCUAAAGUACCACAGUUUGAUGCGAUUAAAGAAGAUUAUCCUAGAGAUUUGGAAUCGUCUGUUUUGUUUCCUGAUACUUUGUUCAGAGCUUCCGAUAGAAAAGCCAUUCCUACGAUGAAGCCUUCAAACCUUAGAUUGCCUUCUAAAAUAGAAGACGAGUUUUUGAAGAACAAAAAUGUGCUUGCAAAAAGAAAACGUCGGCAUCCAGAGGACACGACACAGCAUGCGGUUGCUAUCGUGAUUGUAUAUCGAACCCUAGGGCAGUUUCUGCCUGAGAGCUAUGAUCCUGACCGAAGGAGCCUGAGAUUACCCAAUCGGCCCAUUAUAAACACCCCAAUCACCAGUGCAAUAAUUUACAGAGGUGGGGAAUCUUUACCAAAUCUUCUGGACAGCCCCAUUAUGAUUGAUCAUGCAUUGCUGGAAACAGAGGAGAGAACAAAACCCGUCUGUGUGUUCUGGAACCACUCAACUGCAAUUGGAGAAACCGGAGGCUGGUCCUCAAAGGGAUGUGAGCUGUUCUCUAGAAGCCAGAGCCGAAUUGUUUGCCAGUGCAACCAUAUGACCAGUUUUGCUGUCCUAAUGGAUAUUUCAAAACGUGAAAAUGGCGAGGCACUCCCUCUGAAGAUUAUCACUUACACAACGGUCUCCAUCUCACUGGUAGCUUUGCUGCUUACCUUUGUCCUCCUUGUGCUGAUCCGAACCCUGCGCUCCAACCUGCACAGCAUCCACAAAAACCUGGUGGCUGCCCUCUUCUUCUCAGAGUUAGUCUUCCUGAUAGGAAUCAACCAGACAGAAAAUCCGUUUGUGUGCACGGUGAUAGCCAUUCUUUUGCACUACUUCUACAUGAGCACCUUCGCUUGGAUGUUCGUCGAACAGCUUCACAUCUACCGGAUGCUGACGGAAGUGAGAAACAUCAACUUUGGACACAUGAGGUUCUACUACGUCAUGGGCUGGGGGAUUCCUGCCAUUAUAACGGGUCUUGCAGUGGGGCUGGAUCCACAGGGCUAUGGGAACCCAGAUUUCUGCUGGCUCUCCGUUCACGACACCCUGAUCUGGAGCUUUGCAGGACCUAUUGUGAUCGUUGUGGUUAUCAACGUUGUGAUCUUCAUACUAGCAGUUAAAGCAUCGUGCAGACGACGACAGCGUUCACUGGAAAAAACUGGAGUUGUCUCUGUACUGCGGACUGCUUUCCUACUGCUGCUGUUGAUCAGCGCUACCUGGUUACUCGGUCUGAUGGCGGUGAACAGUGAUGUAAUGACAUUUCACUACCUGUUUGCUAUCUUCAGCUGCUUACAGGGCCUGUUCAUCUUUUUCUUCCACUGUAUAUUCAAUAAAGAAGUGAGGAAACAUUUGAAGAAUACUUUCACUGGAAAGAAGCCACUCCCCGAUGACACCGCCACCACAAGAGCUACAUUGUUAACCCGGUCUCUGAACUGUAACGACACGUACGUAGAAGAGCCAAAUAUGUAUCGCACCACUCUUGGGGAAUCCACCGUCUCCUUAGAAAGCACCGUCAGGUCAGCCAAGAGUCACAAUAGCUACCUUGCUUAUAUUCUCAGAGAUGAAGCCGCCCAGAAGCUUAGUGUGUCAUCAAGCCAAGCAAGAGCUGGUCAUACAGAAGGCGAUUCCUCCAUCUUCCACAAGAAGCCAUCAAAAUCCAACGAGAACGAUUCUGACUCGGACAGCGAGUUGUCCCUUGACGAACACAGCAGCUCCUAUGCCUCCUCACACUCGUCGGAUAGUGAGGAUGAUGGGGUAGAAGCAGGGAAAAAAUGGAACGCAGCCAGCUCAAAAAACAAUGACCGGGGUCCACUCCACAGCACUCCCAAAGUGGAUUCUGUUCCCAAUCACGUGAAACCCUACUGGCCUUCUGAGGGUGUAACGGCAAGUGAUGGGGAGGAGCCAAGUGCAAAGCAAAAGCUGAAGGUGGAAACCAAGGUGAACGUGGAACUUCACCGGGAAAACCACACCAACCACAGCAGCGAAGCGCCUCAGGAUACAGAGAAUGAAGGGCAGCAGAAGGAGAACAAGCCACUUGUGCAGCAGAACCACCAGCAGCCAGAACAGAGGAAAGGCAUACUGAAGAACAAAGUCACCUACCCACCGCCACUGGUGGACAAAAACAUGAAGAACAGAUUAAGAGAAAAACUGUCAGAUUAUAAUCAAACCACUAUCUCGUCAAGAAUGACUUCCAUCGGGACUAACAAUGGCAUCCGUGCCACUUCAGAUUCUGGAGUAACAAUAAAAAACCCCAGAAGAAAUCAGCCUCCAGAACAGAUAAACGGUUUGGCCAUGAAUGUCCAUGUGGGAACCGUAACUGCGGAUACUUCCGAUUCUGAAGGCAGUAAUGAAACUUCAAUUUGAAUCAUCAGGAAAUGGUGACAACCUGCUGCAACUUGCGAGAGACGACUCCGCCGGUGAUGCCACUUCCCUGGGACCUUUUGAUUCUGCCUUCGCCAAGGGACGUUGCAUCUGGGGAAAGUUUCUCACGGCGCCACCCCUGUGGCCAUGCCCCAUUUCCUGCAAUCUACACAGUAAGGCAGCUUAUGGUACCUUCAGGGUCUGCCUGACUGCAUCAGUUGUGCCAAAACAAGCGGAGACUGAUGAAUGGAAGUCGCUACUGGAGAGCAAUGCCUUUUGGGAAAGUGGACAGAGCCAUAGCAAUGCUGCAAGGAUAUCCUUGAGGAAUAAAUGGUCCACAGUACAGUAGACAUACCGGCUUAAACCAAGCCCUACCCGCUCUUACUCUCGGCCUACGCUGGAGAUCCAAUAGGAUCUGUGAACUCAGGAGAAAAACAUAACAACACCAAGUGCCCUUUUCAAUUCCUUUGCCAGCUUGUGGUGGACACUUUUGUCUUAAAAUACCAUCAUUUUGAUAUAAAUAUAUAAAAAUAUAAAUAUAUAUAUAUAGCUGUAGAUAUUUUUUAUAUAUUUUAUAUGGUGAUUCUUUAAAAGUUUCUUUUUGUACAUUUCACGUAAUAUGACCGUUUUCUUAAAAAAUUGAUAGCAGGAGUGUAAUUGUGAAAGAGCUUUGAUAUUUUUUAUAUUAAAAAGAAUUGCACAAGUGUACUUGAAUUUGGCAUUUCAGGGUGGGGAAAUAUAACUAACGUCUGCAUCACGCCUAACUGGUAAUGCAGUCUUUUUAAAAAAGGCUGCCAUGUAUCUCUGGAAACUUAGAAGAAUUUGUCAGAAUAAUCUGAAAUAUUUUAAAGGAUUCAGUGUGUAUUUUUGUACUCCUCUACACCAGGCAAUCAUCCAGUAACAACAAAAGUAUUUGUGGGUGAUUUUUAAGGAAAUCUGCCUUUUCCCCACUAUUCCAUCUACACGUAGACAUUUUCUUUAUUUUUCUGCACUACAAAAUUUAUACUUGCUUAGGGGGGGAAAUGUGAAAUUAACUAUUUUUGUGUGGCGCAGUUAAGUACUGCAAAGCAGAAUUGUUAACCUGAAUGCCCAGAAGUGCCUUUCCAGAAGUAAAGGCUUUUAGUUAAUGGGCUGAACAGCAUUUCUCCAUAAUGUGGAAUUCCCUUUUAGAUUCCUGGGGGUCAGGGAGGGUAGCUGACAACAAAUUCACAAUUUAUAAAAAUAAUAAACGUGUAACUUGUAUUUAUGAUAUUUGAUCUCAGAAUGCACAAAGCUGCCCCUCAUUUGUUCAUUUACCCAAAAAGGGAAACUUAAGUCAAUUGGCAUGAUGCAACCUAGUUAAGCCCCCCAGAUUUCAGUGGCAGAAUUGAGCAUUUGCUAAGAUCUUUCUCCCUUUGAAAUCAUCGCCUUAUAAGUGCUUAACUUUGAUAAGGUCAGCGAUUCAGUUUUAAGAGAUUAUGAAAGCAGUCCUUUAAUAUUUGGAUUGCAUUCAGAUAUUGCAAAACUACCUUAUUUAAGGGAUACCUGAUAACUGGAUUUCAAGAAAAUCAGAAAAUGUUUUGUUCAAUUUUAUUUUAUUUUUAAACCAACUCCAUUGUCAAGCUCAGAGAACCAGGAAAGAGUAUAGCUCUUUAAAAGGUAUUGCUUUCAUGCUGUAUGAAAAUCUGAUAUAAAAAAAUAAAGUUUUAAAUGUGAACAUAUCUGCCUAUCAUACUUGGGGAUGUGCUAAAUGAUGUUACAGCUGUUUCACAACUAUGUGUAUAUUUUGUCCCAAUGAAAUGUAGUUAGUUUUUUUUAUCAGAAUUGUUAAAGUAUGUCAGCUGUGCUAACCCUGGGGGUGGGGGGUGAAAUCCUGGGGUGGUUUUUUGUUAGUUUAUGGCAGAUUAGACACUGGAGGAAUUUUUUAAACAAAUGUAUAUUUAUUAAUGUGCAGAACACUGGAAUUGAAGCACAGAUGAGAGAACCUAACAAUAAAUUAAGUUUGUGGAUUUGUA